UGGUGUCCGAAUGCUGCCUCAGUUUCACCAAGUACUUUGUCUUCCUGUUCAACCUCAUUUUCUUCUUUCUAGGGAUGCUCAUGCUGUCUCUUGGUGUGUGGAUCACCUGGGCUGAGUCCAGCUUCUUCAUGGAGCCUCCCUCCUUCAUGUCCAUGUCUCUGCUCUCCACCUCCCUGGUCAUCGCGGGCUCCCUCAGCACAGCGCUGGGGUUUCUUGGAUGCAUGGGGGCCGUACAGGAGGCCAAGUGCAUGCUGGGAUUGUAUUUCAUGCUGUUAACCAUCCUCCUGGCAGCUCAGUGCGUUGGCGGGGUGUUGUUUGUCACCCAGAGAGACUUAUUUGAGAGCAGUUUGAUGGACCACAUGUCUGGGGUCAUUCAGCUGUACGGGAAGAAUGAGUCACACCUACGCCACUUUGAGAAGACGCUGGACUACAUACAGGAAGAGGUGGGCUGUUGUGGGUGGGAAUCCCACUUUGACUGGGAUAGCGCUCCCUGCUCUUGCUACUACUUCAACAGCUCUCACCAUGCUAGCCCCAACGCCACCACCAGCACCGCCAGCACUGCCACCACUUUGCCUUGCGGCUGCAAGGGGAGGGAUCUCUCUAGAACAACCCAAUGUGCCAUUUAUAAACAGGGAUGCAGGAGGCAGGUGGAGGAGUGGAUGGACGACCACAUGCUGACCAUCCUGGUGGUCAUAUUCGCACUGAUUGCAGUGGAGAUCUCUGGUAUGAUCCUUUCGAUGUGUCUGUAUAGAUCACACAGCAAGGACGAGCUGCUGACAUUCUACUAAGUCAGAGGGAGUUUUUUUGAUGGAUGAAGAACAGAUGCAUGAAGUGACAACCUGUCAUGGUCUGUCUUGUUGAUGACGUUCAGGCACUUGCGUUUCGUACAUUACAUUUCAGUAUUUGCCACAUUUGCUCACACACACUUUUUUUACGUGUUCUGUUUUGCUAUUGUUGUGUCUGUAUUGUGUUAUUACAAUGUAAUUAUAUUUUAAUACCAUGGCAUGAUGCUCCCAUACAAAUGGAACAGCUUUUUAGUCAUUAUGCUGUGAUGUAACAUUAUGCAAAUGUGCAUUUUCAUGGAGUUGUCACCUGGAUGUGAAAGAAUGCUGGGAGCAUAAACAUUUCAAAUAAUGUUCAAUAGAAUGCAACGGAAAACAAAUUCUAGAAUCUUACACUGUUGUAAAAGGGCAUUCUUUAACGCAAAGAAAUCUUGCACAGCUACCCCUAUAGGCUAUUAAAAAAAGUCCCUCCCCAUCCCAACACAUGAGGUGACUGCUCAGUGGCUGUUAGUGUGUGGAGAGAGAGAGAGAGAGAGAGAGAGAGAGAGAGAGAGAGAGAGAGAGAGAGAGAGAGAGAGAGAGAGAGAGAGAGAGAGAGAGAGAGAGAGAACGUAGCCCUGAGAAAGACUUACUUCCCGUUUGCUUUGGCCUUGCUGUGUUUGGAGCAGGAAGCUGCAGCGGGCAGCCUCUGGGCUGAGGGUGGGACAGAGAGUUAUGUUUCGCUAUUGUUGCAGACGCACAAUAAGUGACCUCUUUUUGUCUGGUCUGAUGAAACAUGUUUCCACACUCUGAAAUCCCGGAGAUGUUCAGAUAACCUGUACA